UGUUGAUACCAACAGAGAGCAGUUUCAUUGAAAACACGAAAAUGUUAAAUUUUGAAAUGCUAUAACAUAAAAAUUGAUGUAACCCUCGGAAAAUUACCUUGUUGACAGCGAGUAUCAAGCAUUUUUCAAAUCAAGGACAAAGUCACAAACUAAAUUACUUCAGAUAAGUUAUGGCACCAGUAUUCCAACGUGGAGAAAUUUGCGGAACAGUUUACAAUAUCUCUAUUGUCCUCAGCAACCGCUCAUGUUCUGAUGAAACAGCAAAUUACAGCGAAGAAGAUAAGCAUGCUCUCCUAUAUAUAGUGUGUACGCUUCUCUUUUACUCUCUUGGAAUUAUGGUUGGAAUAGUAUCGUACAUUAAAAGAGAAAAACAUGACAUUGAACAAGACAGAAUGUUCAAUGACUUCCUGAACUCGUUUAAGGAUAAGACAGAGGCAAAACAUUACCGGCAAUUACAGGUACAAGAAACUAUUGACCGCCUAGCUGAAAUAGACCGGAGAAACAGUAGCAUGGCAAAUUCUACUAGUACAGGAAAACACAUUAGUAAUAAAAAGCAACCUGGGGAAGAAAAACGAAUGCAAAAGUUUGUUAGUUUGAGCGUUAAGCAACCACCUGUCGCAAUGACAACGGAUAUAGAUUCAAGUUGUUCGAAAAAAAUAAACAAUAAAACAUUUACUGAAGAGUCUAAAGAACAAAUGGACGCUGAACUCGGUAAAAACAUCAGUGUAAUCGCUAUAAAUAAACACCAAUUAAACGUAGAGGCCCCUGUUGACUGCGUGAAAUGAGAUAUUACGAAAUUCUAUUUUAAGUGUACGACAAAGUGAGCGAAAUCAGCGCAUUACCUUCCAAAUAAAUUUUUUACACACUCUUUUUUAAUUAAAUUUUGAUAUCUGCUGUGACAAUCAACUUGUAUUGCAUUAAACAGACAUAAUUAUAGUAUUAAAUGUAGAAGAUAUGCAAAUCGCCUGCCGCGGUCAGUAUCGAUAAAAUUGGAAUCCAGGUUUUUUUUUUGGUUUUUUUUACUUUUGUUGUUGU